AGGAGGUAAAGGGUGAAGAAACGAGAACGCCCGUGGACGAAGGCAAAAUUGGAUGGAGACCCGGUUUUGUUUUGUUUUUCUGAAGAGAGGCAAUAAUUUCUUAUCGUGGAAAAUCUGUGAUGGCAGAUUCUUUGCUUCUGAUGGUGUGGACAUUGAUCCUUGGCUUUGCCCUACCGGCAAAUGACGCCGGCGGACUCCUUGAAGAGGCAGCAGGCCCCACUGAACAGCACUACGCCAACCUUGGGGUGCCUGAAGUGGUCUUCUCAUGCCCCCUCCCUGAAGGCCCGCCUGCGGUGAAGUGGAAAGUGAACGGCACGUCGCCCGGCCUUUCGACACUGGCGAGAGGAGACGGCAGCUUGGCCUUGCAUAACACCAGCCUGGACCAAGAGGGGGAAUACACCUGCCACGAAACCGCCACGGGGCGGGUGCUGCGACGAGUCCACCUGAAACUGGGCUACCCGCCUGAGAAACCGUCAGUCCAGUGCCGUUCCGCCAGCUACCCGUCCGUCAACUGCGCCUGGAGUUUGGGAACUGAGCCGCACCUGGACACGUCUUUCUUCUCCACGUACAGGCAUGGCAUAGAAGGAGAGGUAUCUGAGUGCGUCCAACCCUUCUCAGGGGCCAACAGCUGUUCCAUUGCCAACAUGGAGAUGUUCUCUGUCAGUCCUUACAUACUGAACGUGACCGCCGUGAACCCUCUGGGGACGACAACCAGCCUUUUCAUCAUCUUCCUGGACCAGAUCCUCAAGCCUGACCCCCCGGAAGACCUGAAGGUCUCUCCGAUCCCAGGGGAGAGGAAGAAAUUGCAUUUGGAAUGGAAGCCACCCAGUUCCUGGCUGCUCCUCGAAUAUUUUCCCCUCAAGUACUCCGUCCGGUAUUGGAGGUUUGGAUCCCGCAGCAGCAAAACGACCAGGGCAACCGAAGAGACCUCCCUUGUCUUGACCGGCAUCCGUCCUGGAGGAACGUACCACAUCCAGGUGGCAGCCAUGGAUUUCCUCGAUAACGGCGAGUGGAGUGUAUGGAGUUCUCCAGCAACUGGGACACCCUGGAUGCCAGAGUGAUGGGCUUUGAAAUCCAGGUCCUAGGACACAAGGAGGUCUUUUGUAUCUCAUCACCCCUCCACCCUAGUUCUGUCUUCUGUGACUCCGUCAGUGUGGAAAUCACAUAGAGCCUGACUUGGGAAAACCUAUGGUCAAUUUCCAUGGGGAAAUUGACCGCAAUCUCAUUCUUUUUCUGCCUUUUCACCACCAUCCCGUUUUUGUUUUGAUAAAAGCAAGUUUCUAUCCCCUAUUGUGGCAAGGAUAGCUUUUUCAAAAAAACAGAAAACAGAAGUUGUGCCCAUGAAAGUUCUUUUGAGUCUUCGGACGACUGAUAGCCUGUUACCAGUAUGUGGAACUGCAGAAUUCCAUCAUCCAUUAUAGGGUGCAAAUCUACCCUUUUCUUCUUUUGAAUGAAAUAAAUGUU